ACAGUGCUCCGCGGCCGCCGUGGCGGUGUUGGGGUGCCGGCGCGCCGCGCUCCGCUCCGGUGAGGCUCCCCGCGGCCGUUGCUGUGGCGACGCGGCCCUCCCGCCUCCUGCGGGCCUGAGGGAGGGAAAGGGGCGGGGGGGCGGGGCGGUCUGCCGCCCCGGUGGGCUCUGGGCCUGUGCGCGGGGUGUCCGGUUGGGCCGAGGCCUUGCUGUCCGGUGUGUGCUGGGGACGGUUCUACCGGGGUGGUUAGAAGCACUGGGACAUGCGCUGCUUUCUAGGGCUUCUAGGCGCUUAGGGCUGAGUGCCGGCGUAACGGAAGUGGACGGGAUGGUGGUUGAAUGUGGCAUAAAAAUGGCACAAGAUGAGCUGUAACCGUCAAGAUCAUUUCAGUGAGCAGAAUAUUUUUCCUUCCGAGAGCUGGCAACAGGAUUCUGAGCUCCUCCUGCAGUGCCGUCGUGCUCCCUGCCUUUUCCUAGGAUGGGACAUGGAGUUACGUUCCUGUUUUCACUUUAGCUGCUAAUGAAGUUAUUCGCUUCAUCAGAGGAAAUGCAGAUCCAUGAAAUUACAUUCUGUGCAAGUUGUCGUUAACUCUGUUGGCAAUGUCUAUGAUUUUAUCUGCCUCUGUGGUCCGUGUGAGGGAUGGACUCCCACUGUCUGCAUCUACCGAUUAUGAUCAAAGCACAGGAGUGCAAGAAUGUAGAAAAUACUUCAAAAUGCUCUCGAAGAAACUUUCUCAGCUUCCUGAUAGAUGUACUCUGAAAACUGGACUGUACAACAUAAACUUUAUCAGUUCUCUGGGAGUAAGUUACAUGAUGUUGUGCACUGAAAACUAUCCCAGUGUUUUGGCUUUCUGCUUCCUGGAUGAGCUUCAGAAAGAGUUCAUCACUACCUACAAUAUGAUGAAGACAAAUACUGCUGUCAGACCAUACUGUUUUAUAGAGUUUGAUAAUUUCAUCCAGAGGACCAAACAGAGAUACAACAACACGCGUUCUUUAUCAACAAAGAUGAACCUUGCUGACAUGCAGACAGAAAUCAAACUGAGGCCGCCUUAUCAAAUCUCCCUGUCAGAACUUGGUUCAGCUAAUGGGUUUGCACAUUUAUCUGCAGCAGAAUAUAAGGGUACCGGUAAGAUAUCUGCAGCCCCUCACCAACGUCUGGAACCUGUGACUCUGCCUGGGAUUGUCUCAUUUGUACUUAGUCUCUUGUGCGGAGCUUUGAAUUUAAUUCGUGGCUUUCAUGCCAUAGAAAGUCUUCUACAGAAUGAAGGUGAAGAUUUCAGCUACGUUAUUGCGUUUUUUCUUGGAACAGCAGCCUGUUUGUACCAGUGUUACCUGUUCGUAUAUUACACAGGCUGGAGGAAUGCCAAAUCCUUUCUGACUUUUGGGUUAAUUUGCCUGUGUAACAUGUACCUGUAUGAACUGCGCAACCUGUGGCAGCUCUUCUUUCAUGUGACUGUGGGAGCAUUUUCAACAUUGCAAAUUCGACUGCGACGACCGCAGGGGAAGUCCCCAGAUUACAAUGUCUGACAAGUCCUGGAACACUUAGAGGCAGUCUUGUUCCAACAGAUAUUCACUCUCAGGAAUGUAAAGCUGUUCUCCAAAAGAAGUAGCUGUCUGGAUGGAGCUUUUUGGUUUUGUUCCUUUUUAUUUUUAAUAAAGCAAUGUAAGAUGCC